AUGGAGACAAUAGAGAAGCUGGCAGCAGAGAAUGCAGUGGUUAUCUUCAGCAUGAGUAGCUGCUGCAUGUGCCAUGCUGUCAAACGUCUCUUUGCCGGCAUGGGAGUGAGCCCUGCCAUCCAUGAGCUUGAUGAGGACCCUAGAGGUAAGGACAUGGAGCUUGCUCUUACUUCCCUGCUUGGCCCUUCAACUGCAUCCCCUGUUCCUACAGUCUUCAUUGGAGGGAAGCUCAUUGGAUCCAUGGACACUGUAAUGGCUUUGCAUAUCAAUGGUUCUCUUGUUCCUCUUCUCAUGGAGGCUGGUGCUCUUUGGCUCUGAAGAUUGGCAUAUAGUACUGUUUGAAUGUUUAUGUGUGUGUUUUUUUCUACUAUGUUUUGGUAAUGGUGUAACUCAUUUGAGGUCUUUGUUUUCUUGGUCAUUGGCUAAUGAAAUGUAUAUAUUAACUUUCC